AUGUCCAACAUAACCUCCGAGAAUCCGGAUCUGACUAUUCAGAAACCUCUGUCCAGAUGUGGUCAGGGACCAGCAUUGAUUAUUAUACGACCCAGGUGUUAUGCAAGUUGCCAGCAGCAUAACAACUCGUUAGACCCAGAGCCACUGAAGAAGUGGGCAGAAGAAAGCUUCACAGUGGCCCAACUCACCUUGGACCAGUCGAAUAUCCUUCACACGCAGAACCUCCUCGAUCAAGCCGUGAACAGAUUGGCGCAACAAAGUGACGGAGAGAAAGUCGGGCUGAUCGUCUAUGGAGCCAAGUCCGAUUAUCCCCCAGAAGCCGAAGAGCAGCUGCAGGCAGCGACAGGAAAAGUCACUGCUGCUAUUUGCUUCGACAGCUGGGAUGUUUCCCUCCCCACUCUGCUUCAUCUCCCCGCUGCCCAGAAGAAAGAUGACCAGGUCUACAGCUACGAUGUAGCCGGGCCCGGCUUCAUUAUUCCAGGACACUCGGAGUUUAAAGUCUCCACGGCAGGAGUUGCGCACACCCGUAGCGUGGGAUUCCUCAAGAAGCAUCUGGGAGGGCCGUUCUUUGACCUCGAGAAGAUCUGGGAUGAGCACACAUACUAUGAGUUUGGGGAUCGGUCGGUGGAGAAAACGAUGGCGACGAUGGUUCAGGAACCAUACGUCAACCAUAUUCCUACGUUGACUGGCGGGAUUGGACGAUCGCGAUUGAGUCACUUCUAUCUUCAUCACUUCAUUUUCAAUAACCCCGACGAUACAGCCUUGGAGCUGAUUAGUCGGACAGUGGGCACAGAUCGAAUUGUCGAUGAGUUCAUUUUUGUGUUCACUCACGUCCAGCAGAUGGAUUGGAUGAUCCCCGGGAUUCCCCCGACAGGCAAACAUGUUCGUGUGCCCUUCACUUCGGUGGUUAAUAUCCGCGGAGAUCGGCUGUUCCACGAACACAUCGCGUGGGACCAGGCAACGGUGCUGGUGCAGCUGGGUCUGUUGCCAGAGUAUCUCCCCUUCCCAUAUGCACUGCCCGACGGAUCUGUUCCGGCCCCCGGGAACCGCUUUGAAUACCGAGUGCCCGCAGCGGGGGUUGAGUGUGCCAGUAAACUGCAAGAUGAACAUGCAGUUCCGUCGAACCUGAUGUUCGACUACAGGAUUCGGGAGGUUGACCCACGCGUAUGA